CCGCCGUCCCGUCGGCGGCGCGGCGGCAGCGGGCGGCCGCCGUAGCCCCUGCGAGGGGAGCCCGUGCCCGGGCGGGGACGAAGAGAAAGGCGGCCCGAGCCGGGUUACAAGAUGGCGGCGGCGCUGUGGUAGCUGCCGAGGCGGAGCGGCGCCAGCGAGGCCCCGGCGCCGACUCGCCAUGGGAAGCGGCGCGCUGAAGGCCCCGCGGUGCCCCUGAGCGGCCCGGCCGCCCCGCUUGCUCCUCGCUCCAUCGCCCCCGCGGAGGCGGAGCGGGCCCGGGGCCGCACCAUGUCGGACACCCGCCGGCGGGUGAAGGUCUACACGCUCAACGAGGAUCGGCAAUGGGACGACAGGGGCACCGGGCACGUCUCCUCCAGCUACGUGGAGCGGCUGAAGGGGAUGUCGCUGCUGGUGCGCGCCGAGUCGGACGGUUCACUACUGUUAGAAUCGAAGAUAAAUCCAAAUACUGCAUAUCAAAAACAGCAGGACACCCUGAUUGUUUGGUCAGAAGCAGAGAACUAUGAUUUAGCACUGAGUUUUCAAGAAAAAGCUGGCUGUGAUGAAAUUUGGGAGAAAAUCUGCCAGGUUCAGGGCAAGGAUCCUUCAGUGGAAGUCACACAGGACCUUAUUGAGUCAGAAGAGGAGCACAUAGAGGAGAUGCCUGAAACCAGUCCUCUGAUUGACCUUCCUACUUGUGAACUCAACAAACUUGAAGAGAUUGCUGACCUAGUUACCUCUGUUCUUUCCUCACCCAUCCGUAGGGAAAAGCUGGCUCUGGCCUUGGAGAAUGAAGGCUACAUCAAAAAAUUGCUGCAGCUUUUCCAAGUCUGUGAGAAUUUAGAGAACACUGAAGGCUUGCAUCAUUUGUAUGAAAUUAUCAGAGGGAUUUUGUUCCUCAACAAAGCAACUCUGUUUGAGGUGAUGUUCUCUGAUGAGUGUAUUAUGGAUGUGGUUGGAUGCCUCGAGUAUGAUCCUUCUUUGGCUCAGCCAAAACGGCACAGGGAGUUCUUGACCAAAACAGCAAAAUUUAAGGAGGUUAUUCCUAUUACAGACUCUGAACUCAGGCAAAAAAUCCACCAGACUUACAGGGUACAGUAUAUUCAGGACAUCAUCUUGCCGACACCAUCUGUUUUUGAAGAGAAUUUUCUUUCUACCCUCACUUCCUUUAUUUUCUUCAACAAAGUUGAGAUUGUCAGUAUGUUGCAGGAGGACGAGAAGUUUUUAUCAGAGGUUUUUGCACAGUUGACCGACGAAGCUACAGACGACGACAAACGGUGUGAACUGGUGAACUUCUUCAAGGAAUUCUGCGCCUUUUCUCAGACGUUACAACCUCAGAACAGAGAUGCGUUUUUCAAAACUUUGGCAAAGCUGGGAAUUCUUCCUGCUCUUGAAAUUGUAAUGGGAAUGGAUGAUCUGCAAGUUAGAUCUGCUGCUACAGAUAUAUUUUCUUAUCUAGUAGAAUUUAGCCCAUCCAUGGUCCGAGAAUUUGUGAUGCAAGAGGCCCAGCAGAGUGAUGAUGACAUCCUCCUCAUCAAUGUGGUGAUUGAGCAGAUGAUCUGCGACACGGAUCCCGAGCUGGGGGGAGCUGUUCAGCUCAUGGGGCUGCUGAGGACUCUGAUUGACCCAGAGAACAUGCUGGCCACAGCCAAUAAAACAGAAAAGAGUGAAUUUCUCAAUUUCUUCUACAACCAUUGUAUGCACGUUCUCACUGCUCCGCUUCUGGCCAACACAUCAGAAGAUAAAUGUGAAAAAGAUGCAGUAGUUGGAUCCACUAAGAGUAAUACAAUUUGUCCUGAUAAUUACCAAACAGCACAACUACUUGCCUUAAUUUUGGAGCUGCUUACUUUUUGUGUGGAACACCACACAUAUCACAUCAAGAAUUACAUUAUGAACAAAGAUUUGCUAAGAAGAGUGCUGGUCUUGAUGAAUUCAAAACACACCUUUCUGGCCUUGUGUGCUCUUCGCUUUAUGAGGAGGAUCAUUGGGCUGAAGGACGAGUUUUAUAACCGCUACAUCACCAAGGGGAACCUCUUUGAGCCAGUCAUCAACGCCCUGCUGGACAAUGGCACUCGCUACAACCUGCUCAACUCUGCUGUGAUCGAGCUCUUUGAGUUCAUCAGAGUGGAAGAUAUUAAGUCCCUUAUUGCACACAUAGUUGAAAACUUCUACAAUGCACUUGAAUCUAUUGAGUAUGUUCAAACAUUCAAGGGACUGAAGACAAAAUAUGAGCAGGAGAAGGACCGACAAAGCCAGAAGCUGAACAGUGUCCCAUCCAUAUUGCGUAGCAAUAGAUUCCGCAGGGAUGCCAGAGCCUUGGAGGAGGAUGAAGAGAUGUGGUUCAAUGAAGAUGAAGAGGAAGAAGGCGAAGCUGUUGUACCUCCAGUUGAGAAGUCAAAACAGGAGGAUGAUUUUCCUGAUAGCUAUGAGAAAUUUAUGGAAACUAAAAAAGCUAAGGAGAGUGAAGACAAAGAGAAUCUUCCAAAAAGGACUUCAGCUGGGGGAUUCAAAUUCACUUUUUCCCACUCAGCCAGCGCAGCCAACGGUGCGAACGGUGCAAACAGCAAAUCUGUGGCAGCUCAGACAUCACCAGCGAGCUCCAACGGCUCCUCCUCCAAGAGCACGGCCCUGAGCCCAGCACUGCCGGCCCCCAAGGGAAGUCUAGUUGGGCUAGUGGAUUAUCCUGAUGAUGAAGAUGAUGAUGAAGAGGAGGAGACAUCUCCAAGGAAAAGACCUCGUCUGGGUUCAUAAAAGAAACCAAAAGUUUGGAAUAAGAACUUUUAUUAUGGGGUUUCAAAUGCUGCAACUGUUUUAAGAGCUAAAAAGGAUCUGAUUCAGAAAGCUUUCUCCCAUGAGUAUAUAAGAUAAUACAAGGAGUAGCAAAAGAAACUCGGUGUAUCAGCUAGAAAGGGUUAGUUCUGUAAACACAAGCUUCCAAGGAACUUAAUGUCUUUCUAGAAGGUAAGGAGUCUGCCAUUCAGGCUGUCAAAAAAAAGAAAAAUGUAAAAAAAAAGGUGGGUUAGUAUUCUCAGAACCUGGAUGAUGGCUUCUCAGCAAGGAAAGUCUCAGGUGUCGGGAGGGAAAGGGGGAGGGAAAGGUAUGGUAACACUUUUAUAAAAUAUUGCAGGGUUUCCCCAGUGUUUAACAGAACUAGGAAAAAAAAUCAAGCUUAAAUUUUGAACCCAGUAAUCUUAAUUUUGUAAUGGUGCUGUCAGUUGUGUUCUUUUAGCAAUGCCUCUUUUAAAAAAGUUUUAAGGGAAAACUAACUCCGUUUGCAUAAGAACAAUCCAUAUUUUGGGACCAUUUAUUACCAACUAAACUGCAUUUCUCAUGGUUGGAGGGAGGGGGCACUGCAGUUAUAGUGCAUGUUGAGUUGUUUAAAACAGUUCAAAGAAGUUUUAAUUUGUAUUUUCCAAGAGGAGAGAAUGGAAGCUGGAUUCAAAAUGGAAAGUUUUGCUUGUUUUGUCAGUUAGACGUCCAGAGAUAGCUAUGCCAAGGAGCAGUGGCUUCCCAGGAGCUGCUUGUGUCAUGGUGGGGACAUCCCUCAGCUGCUGGCUCCAGCUUGGGAAGAGCCCGGAUUCCAAUGGUGUUCCAAGGGCUGCCUCCCUGUUUGGGAGCUGAAAUUGCAGGGUUGAGGUGGGAAUGGUGAUGGGCUGAGCAGCAUUUAACACCAAAGUCACUUUGGACCCAGAGAACACCUUGAGGGCUUGGAGGCAGAAUCCACAGGGAGCACCUGAACCUGGGGGUGGGACAAAGCUGCUUUUUAAAACACAAGAGCACAUUCCACAUAGGUGAGCGAGCUGUGACAGGAAUAGGGGAGCUCAUGGCAAGGUGGCAAACAGUCCAGGUUUUCUUUCCAAGAGCAGCACAUGAACUGUAAAUAUUUCAAUGUUAGUUUGCCCAUAUGUGAUCUGAGAUCAUAACUCAGUGAGAGGAGAUUUCCCAGCGACUGUGUCAGAGAUGUUCAAGAUGGAACCAGCUGCAAUCCACCACAUAGAUCACUCUUGUAAUAUGUGUUAUGGGUCCAUUUCUCCUGGAAUAGUUUAAACUGAAGCAGUUUCUCUGUUUUGGAGAUUUUUGUAGUUAGUUUUAAUUUUAGCUCUUGUUUGGAAAAAGAUGGGCUGUCUGUGUAGAUAUGAAGUAUAGUUUUUUCCAUAAAACAGAAGUUUAUUUUGUAUUAAAGAUACCACUGUACUUGUUUUACACCAUUUGUAUACAUGUGGUGAUAUUAAUGCUGAACUGUAAAAUUCAGGAAUUAAAAUGUGACCCUGUAAUUCCAUAAUUAUUGCUUUUGUUUGGUUUGUUACACAUGGUAAGUGAACUCGGGCUUUUCACUGUGGAUGUUGUUUAAGGUUAGUUAUCCAUGCAGGUUUCCAGGGAUGGAAUCCCAGAGGGAAGGGUGUGUAAGCAAGACACAGGUGCUCUGAUGGCCCUGGGGACAGAGGUCACCCAGCACAGGACUGAGGGAACAGCUCCAGAGCCAAGGAACUGUUUGCCAGGGACGAGAAGCUGCAGCACCACCCUUGUGAGCUCACUCCUGAGCUGCUGUGCUUCCCAGUGGCUCUUUGUCUCCAUCACCAAAGAUUCACAGGCCAUGAGAGCAGCAGGUGCCUGGGAAGUGCCUUCACUCACCUGAGAAGUGGCAGCACCUGGAGUGUGGACCUGCAUUCCUCAUUCUCAACAGCCUCCCACGUUCUCCAGGGACUCCUGAGCCGUGCCAGUCCUUGCCCUGCUCACCACACCACCUGCUGCAGUAUGGCUGGAGCUCUAAAAACACACUCCAACAGCAGCUUGUUUCACAGCAAAGCCAGAAUGUCAUCAGUUUGAUGGUUCCUAGGAAAGGACUGGGUGAAGUGGCAGCAGAUCUGUUCAACACCAGCCUGCAAUGCUGGCAGAAGGUGACACCCAGCACUCUCUGGCUUCUCCCUGGGGCUGUCACCCCUGGGUGCUGGUUCCCUGUCUGCCCUCGAGGGCAGCUGUGUUUGUUCCCUGCCUGGGCCCUUCCACUGCCACUCCUCUGGGGAAAACAGGACAUCUGCCAACGUGUACCAGUUAUAAAUGCUAUUUUAAUAAAAAUUCCAUGGAACUCGAA